AAAAACUCUUACCCAAUGACAGAGAUGAUGGAGACAGAUUUUCGGGUCUUUGGGUGGGACUAUCAAAUACCCCCAGAAACCUGGUCCUAUAUAAAUCUGCCCUCCAGAAAUCCUGCUGCAACACUGCAAAACUCAUUUCAGAUACUGCGAUCAAGCUCAAACAUAGAUAGCAGCAUGCUGAGACUCUGUAUAGCUAUCUGUGUGCUAGCAACGUGCUGGGCACAGGACUGUCUGGUGAGCAACAUCACAGUCAAACAAGACUUUGACAGAAACCGGUAUCAAGGAACAUGGUAUGCCGUGGCCAAGAAAGACCCCGUUGGACUUUUCCUUCUUGAUAACAUUGUUGCCAGUUUCAAAGUGGAGGAGGAUGGUACAAUGACAGCCACUGCUAUUGGCAGAGUCAUCAUUCUGAAUAACUGGGAGAUGUGCGCCAACAUGUUUGGCACUUUUGAAGAUACUGAGGAUCCUGCCAAGUUCAAGAUGAAGUACUGGGGAGCAGCUGCAUAUCUGCAGACUGGAUACGAUGACCACUGGAUUAUUGACACCGAUUACGAUAACUACGCCAUCCAUUACUCCUGCAGAGAGCUUGAUUAUGAUGGAACAUGCUUGGACGGAUACUCCUUCAUCUUCUCCCGAUACGCCGAUGGCCUCAGGGCUGAAGACCAGAAGAUCGUCACUGAGAUGAAACAACAUAUUUGCUUCCUGGGCAAAUACAGACGUGUCACACACACAGGUUUCUGUGAUGCUGCCUAAUCCAUCGACUCUCCACAGGAUGUAAUCUUUCCAGUUUUAGCCUUCUAGCUGAUAUGUAAAUACAAAGUAUAUAACAUAACACAGAAGAAACAAGAAUUUUGCACACAGCAAAUGGGAAAAUGUGUCAUAACCGUUGUUUAAUGUACAAUAGAUGUAUGGUGUAACCUAACUUUCCUUUUUCAAAUAAACUUCUCAUAAAACAUGA